UUCGUUCUUUUCCGUGGCGUUCGGUUUUCGCUGGUGGCUGUGUCUGGCGGUACGCGGGAAGAGCGCACAAUCCGGGGCAAUCCGCAGUCGGGUACCAGUCCGCGCGCUCUGAGCGCCUCGUCGCCAUGCCGCGAAAAAUUGAGGAGAUCAAGGACUUCCUGCUCACAGCCAGGCGGAAGGAUGCCAAAUCCGUCAAGAUAAAGAAGAACAAAGAUAAUGUGAAGUUUAAAGUUCGAUGCAGCCGAUAUCUCUAUACCUUGGUCAUCACAGACAAAGAAAAGGCGGAGAAGCUGAAGCAGUCCUUGCCCCCAGGCUUGGCAGUAAAGGAGCUGAAAUGAACCAGCCAGACUGAUGGGAAGUAUAUUAAAAAGCUUCAAAAGUCUA